CAAAUAUUUACCCCGGAGUUGCUGCCUCCUGAUAUUACUGCGGGGCGAGCGAGACUGGUCACUGCUGUGGCAAGGUGUCCCGUAGCAAGACCAGCACCGAAGAAUGUGACUAAACCUUGUUGUACAUCAACAACACACAUCAAAAGUCUCCAUAUCUGAGGAUGGACGUGCAAGACCAGGAGACUCUAGGCAGGUGGGACGGGCUGUCAAGUCGGGACGCCGGCUCCAGGACGACCGCCAUGGAGCAAAUUCGCCAAGAGGUCCUGACGAAAGUGGAGGCAAUCGGGCCCGUGCAGCCAUCCUCGCCUUCGUUGCCGUCAGGGUCUCCUCUCAGCAGUGACCUGAAUGACAUACUGGCCCACCUGCUCAUGCUCACCAAGCGAUGUCCUUUCGAAGACGUGCGGGACCGCAGCGUUCACCUUCUGCAGGCCGUCCAGGAUCUGGGAGUGCGAAUCCCAAGACCCCUGGGAAACGGGCCAAGUAGAUUUAUCCCUGAAAAAGAGAUUCUUCAAGUCAGUAAAGUGGACACCAGGACACAGUCGAUAUUUGAGGAUGCGUUCGCCGCCCUCGGUCGCCUGGACAACAUCUCCCUGGUUAUGGGCUUCCACCCGCAGUACCUGGAGAGCUUUUUGCGCACGCAGCACUACCUGCUGCAGAUGGACGGGCCGCUGUCGCUGCACUACCGCCACUACAUAGGCAUCAUGGCGGCGGCUCGACACCAGUGCUCUUAUCUGGUCAACUUGCACGUCAACGACUUCCUCCAAGUGGGAGGGGACCCCAAGUGGCUCAACGGGCUGGACGGAGCCCCGCGAAAACUGCAGCAGCUAGGCGAGCUCAACAAAAUUCUGGCCCACCGACCGUGGCUACUUACCAAGGAACACAUCGAGGGUCUCCUGAAGGCCGAGGAGCACAGCUGGUCGCUGGCCGAGCUCAUUCACGCCGUGGUCCUCCUCACGCACUACCACUCACUGGCCUCAUUCACCUUUGGCUGCGGCAUCGUGCCCGAGAUCCACUGCGACGGCGGACACACUUUCCGGCCGCCCUCGCUCGGUCACUACUGCGUGUGCGAUAUCGCCAACGGCAACAACCACCACGACAGCGGCAGCCAGGAUGGGUGUGACGGUGAGGUGGAGGUUCUAAUGGAGCGCAUGAAGCACCUCCAGGAGUGCCGUGAUGACGAGGAGGCCAGCCAGGAAGAAAUGGCAACGCGCUUCGAGCGGGAGAAAACGGAAAGCAUGCUGGUGGUGACUGCCGAGGACGAGGAGUGGGUGCCUUCUCGUGACAUAUCCCGACAUUUUGAGGACCCAAGCUAUGGCUACAAGGACUUUUCCAGGAGGGGCGAGCAUGUGCCUACAUUCAGAGUACAGGACUACAGCUGGGAGGAUCACGGCUACUCCCUGGUGAACCGUCUCUAUCCCGACGUAGGUCAGAUGCUGGACGAGAAGUUCCAGAUGGCUUAUAACUUGACGUACAACACCAUGGCCACGCACAAAGACGUAGACACCAGCAUGCUGCGCAGAGCCAUCUGGAACUACAUACACUGCAUGUUCGGUAUCAGGUAUGACGAUUACGACUACGGCGAGAUCAACCAGCUGCUGGACCGCAGCUUCAAGAUCUACAUCAAAACCAUGGUGUGCAGCCCCGAAAAAACCACCAAGCGAAUGUACGAGAGCUUCUGGAGGCAGUUUCAGCACUCCGAGAAGGUCCACGUUAAUCUGCUUCUUAUGGAAGCGCGAAUGCAAGCCGAACUCUUAUAUGCUCUAAGAGCCAUCACUCGCUACAUGACAUGAAGUGCUUCUUCGUUUCUUUUUUUCUCUUGUUUUUUUUUUUUUUUUAUUAUAUUCUAGUUUUUAUCACGUCGUUGUUUGGACAUUUCAAGUGAACAUUUUUGCUGGGGCGAGGAGCUGGAUGGAAGAUCAGAACAAAGAAGCAAGUAGUCAAUUUUUUUUUUUUUUUUUUUUAAAGCCUGCAGUGCCAACAGUGAGCAGAGGGAGGCAGCAUUGGGCUUAAUAAGCACUGACGGCGUUCAGGAUUUCCUUCAGUAUUCCAGCAACAUCCCCCUUCAUUCAUUUUCUUAUUUUUGUCAUCACUGUUCAUUUUUUCCUUUUUUCAUAUCUUUUUUUGGGAUGUCAACCAUCAUUAUUUUGCGCAGUGUGCUCGUAACGAUGAUGACAAUGAUGCUGCUGCUCCCCGUGUUGUAUUCAGCAGGGACGGGGAGGUCAUAUUGACCCCCUCGGCCCCGGAAAAAACAUAUUCCCCAUCCACUGCAUUAUUUCCAACUGUCCGUGUAAGCUAAUUCAAGGAGUGUGUGUGUGCAAACUCAUAGAACACUGAGCCCUACUUGAGUUGCGUGUGUGCGCGCGUGUGUGUGUAAAACAAGGAAAAAAAAGUAGUUUUUUUAAAUUUCACGUGUCAAAAAAAAGCGACGCCCGGAAGGAAACUUCUCGCUUCUGCUGCAUUACUGUUAUCAGUGUCAAUGAUGACAUCGUCAUUGUUUGUUCGGAGAAAAAGACUGAAAGAAUGAGGUUCCAUUAGGGGUCGGUCCGGUGGCACAAACACAUACACACCGCUAAGCUGUCUUCCGCGUUAGCCCGGUCGCCCAUUUUUGGAAGUCUGUGAAUUUUACUAGUAAAGGAAAAAAAAUACCUCGUCUCGUCUCCAAUCGUUUUUCGCUGUGCAAAAAAAAAAGCAUGUUCAAGUACAUUGAUACCUUGACAUUGGAGUUUUAUUUAAAGCUCGUUUUAAGUCAAGGUACCAAUGUAUCCCUGAAUCAUGAUUGCUUUAUGUCUGAAGUGCUCUUCAGUGAGCAUCUUUUUUUUAAAUUUUUUUUUUUGCACCCCAGGGCGUUUCAAUUUGCCCGCCAUCAUUUGUAGCUGUGCUUGUUCCAAGCCUGACUAGUGCAAAAAAAAAAAUCAGCUUUUGUUUUGAUGAAACAAUUUCGUUGACUAAAAGCGGUAAAUGCUGCGUUCCUUUCAUGAUGGCGCGGAGGUUUCGACAAAAAGGAUGGUACCGUUGGAAAGGAGUGGGAAGAAAGUGGAGCUUUUUUUGUUUUUCGAAUCUCCUGACUGACGUCAGUUACUGACACUUUUUUUCUUUUUAUACAAAAUCUAUGAAAAAAAUGGACAAAAAAAUAAAACUAUGCUAUUGAAUUGUUGUGUAUCAUUUGUAGCGUUCUCUUAUUCUGAACCUUUUUGGUUACAUCGAGUCAUGUCUCAGCAGGAUGGCACACUUACAAACACUGAUUCAACGCAGUUCAAGUCCAAUCUUUUGAAUUAGAAGCGUGUCUUGCUUGCCUCUGUUACACCUCACCUUGAAAAAUGAUGUGUGAGGCCGCUAAAUUCAAUCAAACGACUUCUCCGGUUAAGAGUCGUGACAUCAUCACCAGCACAAUCAUCAACCCUCACCCCUAAACUACCUUGACAUCUCAUUUCGGAUUUGAAAAAUUGCUAUCAGCCGGCUAAUAUUUUAUAUCAAUGUUUUAAUGAGAUGUAAAGGUUUUUUUUUCUAAUCUUGAAACAUGAAGUGCUGUUCCUGAUUUGUGUUGAUGUAACAACCAUGUGACUUUGAAAAUGCUGUACUUUUAGGCGACUUGUAAGCACUGCCUGGCCCCGUGUCUGUGUAACAUGAAUAAUGAUAAUAAUAAAGGCUUUGAGAGGCGACCACA